AUGAACGGAAGUGAAGGAGCAGAAUGCGCAAUAAAAAAUGAAGUUUAUGACGAUGCUCGAUUCGCUCUCGUUUUAUACUUCGGAACUCCAAUUGCUUGUAUUGGAAUUGUAUUCAAUACCAUUUUGCUAAUUUUAUUCUGGAAUAGACAAUCAAUAACUUCAUCAAAUAUAUACUUACUAUUUUUGGCACUAUUCGAUACACUCAUUUGCAUAUUGUACAUACCGUUUUUUACGAUGGAUGCAUUAGCAAUAUACUGUCAGAUUGAUUAUUUGCAUCAUUUGUGGCAUACCUAUGCACUACAUUUGUACGGUACUAGUCGAUUUGUGCAGUUUGGUGCCGUAUAUAUGAUGUUAUGCGCAACGUUUGAACGCUAUGUUUAUGUAACUGAUAGACGUCAUUUUGCUUGGUUCAUUACUGAUAGCGGGCGGAUCAUGAUUGUAAUUAUUGUACUAAUCACUGCUAUGAUUCUUAGAUUUCCAACUUUCUUCGAUUAUAAUAUUGCUUACAAUGGAAAUUGUCCACCAUUUCAGGAAUACUUGUUUGUACCGGUCUUAACAGCCUAUUCAACAUAUGUUAAGUAUAACUUUUAUAUAAUGAGUCUUGUUCAAACAGUACUACCAUUUGCAUUUCUUACUUGUUUUAAUUUAAUUAUUAUAUAUUUAACUCAUAAACGACUUCAUUAUAUUCCUACUAAUGAGCAGUUAGAUCAAUCUAACCGUUCUGAUAAAGUUAAAACAGAUUUGGUAGAUCGUAUAAAACGUCAAGAUUUAAAAUUUGCUACUCGUAAAAUGGUUGCCAUUGUUUUUAUUUAUCUUUUAUGUAAUGUCUUCUCAGUUCUUAUAAUAAUUAUGGAAAAUAUAUUUCCUGAUAGUAGGAUACUUCAUAAUGAAGAUGGAUCCAGUACAAAAUUCUAUACUAUAACAGCUGAUUUGAUCAGUAUUUUGGUAGUAUUGAACAGUUUAUUGCGAUUAAUUGUUUAUAUUGUUUGCGAUCCACAAUUACGACAGCGAUUCAUAAAUUUAUUCAUAAAAUUCAGGUUUGAAAAUUAA